AUACUAAUAGCAGUCAUUUCAUAAUCGUACAAUAAGUAGGUAUGACAUAUUUUCAUUUGAACGCUAGUAAAUGUUAAAAGAUAACGUUAAAAGAUGGAUAAAAAUUUUAAUAAAAAAAUAGCAUCGAAUCUAGCUUUAACCCUUCGACUAUCCUGUGGAUUGACAAUUACAAGUGCCAUCGUGUAUAUAGUGCUAUGCGCAUUAGCUAUAUAUUACCACAUCAACUGUAAUGCUGGUAUAUUAUCUUCCUCAUAUAAGUACUAUUUUAUAGAAUUAUUUCUUCGAGUUUACUUUAAGCAGGAAAAUUGCCAUCAUGCCUUAUUAAUUGAAAAUGUUAUCAAAGAACAGACCGUUUUCAUAUUAGUGGCUCUAAUUUUGAUUUUCAGUAUCCUCAAUUUAAUAACAGCCAUAAUUUGUAUCACAGUUCUAAAUGUAAAGAAAAUGUCACAGUACGUACAAGUAGCUGGAUACACAUAUAUCAUAGUAUCCGUAAUAUCACUGGUCGUGGAUCUGGUCACAGCUACAUUAUUUGGAAUGGAUUAUACCACCAUAAAUGAACUCAACGCAGAAUCGAUUGAGCAUAUCUUGAACACCUAUACGCAGCAGUUGUUAAGUCUUGGCUCUUUGUUGCUAAUGGCGAUAUCAUUAAAAGGAUUCGUUUACCACGGCAUCAAUAUCUUGUUUCUCAUCUUAAUUAUAUUCUAUUUAGUCGAACACAGAAAACAUUCAAAGAGUAACAUACAUGCUUUUCAUAAAAUGGGCGCUCUACAUGCAUUUGAUUUGAAUUACAGGCAACAAAAGGGUAAUGAAGAUCCACCGCAACAACAACCUGAAACAAUGUUCUUGUCUUACAAAAACAAUCAUACAAACCCUUUAUUCGUUAAUGAUGAAGAACAUCGCAGUCCAAAUCGUGACACUCCACGAUCAGAUUACAUGAACACUGCGUUCGAUCGUACGUACUCAAACCAGUCGUUGACGAUGACGCCUCGACCGUUUUCUUACUUGGAAGAAUCAAACCUUACAAGCUCGCCUAUGAACGGUAUCUCUCAAUGGCAACGCGACCGUGAUGUUUGGCAGCCGCCUGUUCCCGCGCCAGACUAUAGUCCCGAGGCGCCUCGACGGCUGAAAUCUGCUCUCAAAUCGUCCUACAUGUAACAUGUAUACUUUUAUAAUGAUUUGUUACUUUUGUGAUACUUUUUUAUGUAAAAAUAUACGUCAGAUAUAAUAUACAUAGAGCAAUACAACUCAACUAUUGAUCUUUGUUUAUAUUACAUUUAAAAUAAUUAUAUAAUUAUUUUAAAUGUUAUUUAAGCAUGCAAUGAUUUAAUACGACUACUUAUUAAAAUAAAAUUAUAUAAAUUCGUU